CAGGCGCAGGCCGCUUUGAGCUCCCGGUCCCUUGAGCCAUGGAGCCCAUGCCUGUUCCCGAGUGGGAAGAUCCGGAGGUUCGCGCGGAAGUUCCAGCCAGGGAGCCCGAUGCCGCCAGGGAAGAGCCGGUGCCAGCUGCUCCGAGGGAAGAGCGGCUCUCCACAGCUAUGCCGUCCCUGGCUCCCAGGGAGGAGCUGAAGGGCGCGCUGACCAAAACGGCCGACUCCGCCCUGCCCGGAGAGCACUCCGACGCUGAGCCCCAGGAGCCCGCUGAGCUUCAGCCCCAGGAGCCCCAGGAGCCCCAGGAGUUUCAGGAGCCCGAGGCCGUCGCAGAAGCGAGGGCGAGUCCGGGCAAGGCCGACGCGAGAGGGCGGUCUGGGAAAGGGAAGGCGAAAAGCAAGCCUGGACAUCGGCAGAAGUCUGUUGAUGCGGCUCGGGGUACCCAAAGCGCCAUGGCAGCUGAGGAGCCCGUUUUGGUUCCGCCUGCGCCGGGGGUCCGCUUCAGCCCCAGCGUCAUCGGCAAGCACGAGGUCCUGCUCGACGUCGACGAGAAGGCGGGCGAGUUCCCCCAGUACCACCGCAUGCCGCCGAGCCUGCCGUUCCACUUCCGCCUGGACGUGUCCGCGUUGAAGUUCUCCGCCAACGGCUUGGCUAAGGCCAAGUGGCUGCAGAAGCUGCGGGAGGAGCUGGAGAAGAACUGGCGCUACUCUAGGAAGGAUCAGGAACGCGCCUGGGUCCGGGAGGGGGAGCUACCCGGAGAGGUGCGCGACAUCUUGGAGAGGAACGGGAAGUGCUCGGAGCAGGUGAUGGCCGCGGUCCAGCGCCGCCGCGCUGAUCCCAGCUGGCAGGAGGAGAAUGACCAGGGGCAGAUGGAGAAGACCAUGCCCAUGCACGUCCUGCGCCUGGAGCGUUUGGCGAGGCGUGGGGAGGAGCUCACGCAGGAGGACGCUAAGGAGAUCACGGAGGAGGGGCUCUGGUGCAACAUGAUCUACGACUUGAGCACGGACCCCUUGCUGCAAGACAUCGGCUAUGCGGGGCAAAACCCCACGCAGUUCUCGGCCAUGGUGUUGAUCUACACUCGGCACUUGGACAAGCUGGAUCUGAAGAAGGAUUUGACCCAGGAGCUCAGGGUGGCCCACGUGGAUCACUUCGAGUACGGGCUGUGCUUCCCCAUCAGGCCUUACCCCUCCUGCCAGCUUCCGCCGCCGCCGGACAGGGAGGACCUCAGCUGGAUCUUCGAGCGGGAGGGCAGGACCGCGGACGGUGCGGAGCUGGAGCGGCUCGUGAAGCAGGGGGAUGCCAUGAUGACGACGCUCUUUUGGCAGUGCUUCGACGCCUUCUUCCACGCAGAUUACAAGAGGCAGAGCACCACCAAACCCGCCUUCAGCCGGACCCAGCUCUUCGCCAAGCCAACUGCCAAGGACCUGACCGCCUGCGGCACGCGGCAGGAAGCCUUGCUGGCGCUUCUCUCGAUCUUGCGCGCUCAGGCCUUCCAGUUCCCUUUCUGCCAGAAGGUCACAUUCGUCGAAGCCGUGGAGCACCGAAAGAGCCAGAAGAGCUUUCCAGGCGCGGGGCACUGCGACGUGCUGGCGGCGGCGGAGGUGGCCGUCCAGAGAGCGCUGAGGGAGUACACGGCGGCGAUGCAGGACGGAAACCAGGAGAUGCCGCAAUGGGCGGAACGGCCCAUUCGUCUCCGGGAGCGAGACUUUGCAACGGCGGCAACGCCGCCCGGCAACAGCGAGGAGCAGUCACCAGUACCGUUGCUUGUGCAGCUUCCACAGCCGGGGAUGGCGAUGCUGCACUGCGUGGGCCUGUCCCCGCUGAAAAAAGAGGAGCUGGAGGAGAAGGACAAUGAGUGCGACUCGGGGUCCGAGUCCUCCAAGCAAAACGAGGAGGAGCCGGGAGCGGAGAACGAGGAGGAGGUGGAGGCGCAGGACAUGCUGCUGACGCUGGAUGUCUCGAACUGGCAUCCCGAGAGGGGCGACGGGGAGAUCGUGGUUAGUGACAUUAACAUUGACGACUACGCUUCGAUUCGGGAGGCCUUGCUGGUUGUGAAGCAGCUGGAGACCAUCAUGGAGAACGAGGCCAAGGAUCGGCAGGAAGGGGGGAAGGACCCGGACCGCUGGAAGCGGCUGGGGCGCUUGGCCUACGGCCUCCGCGCUCUGCAGCGCGCCUCGCUGAAGCUGAAGCUGCAGCGCGUGGGCGCGGCGGUGCUGGAGACGAAGCGCCAGGUGCCCAUGGAGCAGUCGCUGGUGCAGCGCGCCCGGAGGCGAUGGGGCGCCAAGGGCGGCGAUGAAGUCCUCGAGGAGGAGGAGGAGGAGUCCCAGCGCGUGAUGCUCCUGACGGUGCCUGAGUUUGUGCUGCGGAAGCGCGCGGAGGCGCGCGGCCUUCAGCGGCGAGUGGUGCCUCACAAGAAGACGGACAAGUUUCUGGGGGGGUUUCAGAGGGACCAGUUCUACCAGAAGGGCCCCCUCCAGAAGUAUUGGGUCGAAACUCACCAGCAGCCGUACGCCUACCAGCCCUACUUCCGGCCCCCUUGCCCCAGCAUCGACCCUGCGGCGUUACUGUCGAACGCCGAGCGGAAGUUCUUGAUCAAGACCUUCAUCACGGACGCCCCACAUGAGAACCCGAAGCAGGGCGGCGCCAACAUGGAUCCGCGGCAGCUGCAAGCAGACGACAUCAUCGACUCAGGCGGGCUGCUGCAUUUGCACAGCCGCAUGUCCGAGAGCCACCUCACCCGGGGCUUCAUGUACCCGUGGAGGUCCAAGGGCCUCUGGGAUUACUACGUGGUGAAGCGCUGCCGCUGCGACAUUGACCUGGUGCUCAGGCACUACGGCCCCAAGAUCGCGAGCUACUUCGACUUCCUGGAGACCUACAGCUCCUUCCUGCUGAUCGCCUCCGUGCUGGGCGUGUGCGCGGAGAUUGCGGGGCCCCCCAACGGCUACUCCGACGGCUUCGGGAAGUCCAUCCAGCCUGGCUUCGGCGUGUGCAUCUCCAUGUGGGGCACCUUCUUCUGCAUCCUCUGGCGCCGAAGGGCGGCCUGGCUCGCGCACAACUGGCAGAACGGCUGGGUGGAAGAGGGGGAGGACAUCGGCGGCGCGGGGGCGGUGACGACCAUGUCCCGGGUGAGGCCGGAGUUCGCCCUGCAGUGGCGGAAGAACUUCGACAAUGCCAGCCAGGAUGACCAGCAGCAGACCUACCACAUGCUGAGGGGCCUUCUGAAGAUCCCCCAUGCAGAUGACCCCCACUUCGACGACCGGGCGCUGAAGACGGACAUUAUGCACUUCGACGAGGCCUGCUACUUGAGCGACUGGCUGCAGAUCUGGCGGUCCCUGGUCUCCUACUUGGCCUCCGGGGUCUUCAUCCUCUUCGCCACCACCGCCACCUUCGGGGCGCUGGCGGCGCGCCAGGCCCUCGGCCUUGAAGGCACCACAGCGGGAUACGCGGUCACAGGGCUCACGUCUAGCGUGCUGGUUCCUCUGCUGAACGUCGUGCAUUACCAGGUGGUGAUCUACACCAACAACUACCAGCUCUUCCGAGAUGAUUCGGCCAAGGAGAAGGACUUCUUCGACCGCCUCUUCAUCUUUAACCUCUUCAACACCUACAACUCCCUGCUGUGGAUCGUCUUCGCGGAAAGAAAUAUGGCGCAGCUGAGGGUGCAGGUGCUUUUCCUUUGCCUCAGCUCCAUUUUCAUGAACAACUUCAUCGAGUUCUAUUGGUCUCUGUGGAUGAAGCAGCUGAAGAAGAUGAAGAGCAACUCCCUGCCCGUGGCUUCCAACAUGUGGACCACUCUGAGGUACUUACUCACCGGGGAGCUGCAUGACGAUGGCGUGCCAGAGCCUAUGGACCCCGUAUCCACUGCCCUGGAACACGUCUCGGAAGAGCUGAGUCGUGACCUCCCCUUCGAGGUGGUGGACGAAGCCAUCGAGCUGGUGAUCCAGUACGGCGUGAUCAUGAUGUUCACGGUGGCCUUCCCCAUGGCCCCGCUGCUGGCCUUCAUCAACGUCCACAUCGAGAAGCGCUUGGACAGCCUGAAGAUCGUGAAGCUCAUGCAGUUCCCGGAGCCCCGGCCAAGCCAGUUCGCUCCGAGGAUGGUGGUGGGUAUGGGCCGGCCCUUUGCCGCCUUCGUCAUCGUCACUGGCCUGGGCCUCCUGGUCAGCGGCCUGACGCUGUACUUCGCGGCAUACGAGGGCCGGGACUGCGAGCGCUGCGAUACCUGGGGGAGCUGCUCGGGGUGCGCGGGCACCAGCGUGCAGCUGCUUCUGCCCGAGGCGACGACGGAGUUGAGGCUUUUCUUACUGGGGGGCGGAGGCACCGUGAUGCUUCUGGUGAUGUAUAUUUGCUUCAGCUCCCCCCCGUUGAGCAUCAAGAUCGUGCACGAGCAGUACCGGCAGAAGAUGUACGAGAACCGCCUCCGCUUCAGAAGGGAGACCGGGGACGCGCACGGCCGGCUUUCGCGACGAGUCAGCGUGAAGGGUCCGGCGUCUCCGCAGGGGAUGCCGGAGUGAGUCGAAAGGAGUCCGAAGUGGAGCCGCUUGGCGAGCCCCCGAUGGCUGUGUGACGCGGCCUGUUUCUUUUCUUUUUUUUCUUGCUCAAGUUCUGGUCCGUUCCGCAGAAACACCUCCGAAAGGCGAACUUGGUGCAAGUUGGUGGGAAGGGCCUAAGGCAUUCCCUUGAUGGUACUUGCCGGUGCUCCGGGGUGAUGCAGACUCGAAGGGGCUGUGUCAGUCCUUGCGCAGCAUCGGCAAGUUGCUUGUCAGAAAAUUUGCCAGGGGUGGCAGCAUGCUGUCCAAUAAGGCCAAUUUAUAUUAUGGACAGCGUUGAAAGACCUUUGCGACCCUGGCGCUCGGGAA